UGGCAACGCCCUUUGCAGCUGUGUUUAGCGGGCUGCCAGCUGUUUACUUUUAUUGCGGUUGCACGUGUGCCGCGCACAGAGCAUUAAUUUAAUUUGUUUUUUAAGAAUUGUGCUGCCAAAAUGACUGAUACGGACAUAGUAAAACGCAUUAGAGAAUACUACGAUCGUGAGAAUGGACUGGAAAACUCCAAGAAUGAGAAUUUAAUCACAAACGUAAAAAAUUUCCAGCUACAAGUGCUCAACAUAUUGACAGACCAUCUCAUACCUUAUUCUUAUACCAAUAAUGAUGAAGAGGAAGACGAUUAUGAGGAAUACUUACUACCUGACGAUGAGAAGUCGGCGAAAAAGAAACGCAAGGCGCAUUUGUUAGCCGUCAAAAAAAAUGGGAAGAAAGCAUCUGCAGCCACUUCAACAAUGUCAGACAAUGAUGGAGAGGAUGUUGACGAGCGUAUAGCCUCCAUCAAGAACAAAUUGCGUCAAAAGAAACGACCGACUACAGAGCGUGCACAAAGGAAACGCGAGGCCAAGAAACUUAAGCGCAGUAAAGGAGUACAAAAAAUACUGCUAUCUUCCGCGAAGUCCCUGAAGAAUGAAAAUGUCAAGCAGCAAAAACUGAAAAACGGUUUCGUCAAGCUGGAGGAGAACGGUGAGGAGGCGGAUAGCAAAGCUCAAAUUAAACCUGUCAAAGUGCAACCAGUCUAUAAUGAAGAGGCAAAAAUAGUCUACUCGAAGGUGGACUUCGCUGCAAAUCCCGGCGGCAAGACAAAGAAGUCCCAUCAAAAUCCUCGCGAAAUACUCAAAAAGUUAAAAGACACACGGAAACAAAUCAACGAGUUGAAGGAGCAGGGCGAGACAGAGAAAGCUGCUGAAAUGCAGAAUGAAAUAGCCUGGAAGAAGGCUUUCGAAAAGGUUGAAGGCAAGAAAGUCAAAGAUGACACAAAACUUUUGCAAAAAGCCAUCAAAAAACGCAAGGUGGAGAAGCGCAAGUCUAAGGUCAAGUGGGUAGAACGUAAGGAGCGCGUCGAACAGGACAUUGCAAAGCGACAGAAGAAACGACAAGAAAAUCUAGAUAAACGCAGCAAGGACAAAAAGAACAGAAAGCUGAAGAAAGCAUCGAAGAAAGGUCGCAUCAUAGCUGGUUAUUAGAAUCCAUGGGAUCUA